AUGAAAGAGCAAGUGAAGCAGCUGCAGGUGGAGGGCAAUGCGCUCUACGCCGACGGCCGCUACGACGCUGCCCGUGCGAUCUACACGAAGGGGAUCUCGCUGCUGACUAGUGCAGACGAAAGAACAUCAUCUUGCGCAUCUGGAGGUAUCAACGCGGACUCGUGGGAGGCUGUGACGGCCUCGCAAUUGCUCUCGAACCGCGCGCAGACUGCUAUCCAGGAACGCGACUUCGCAGCGGCAUUGCAUGACGCAACGCUAGCACUCAAAUAUAACACGAAGAACGAGAAGGCUUUACUGCGCAAACUCGUGGCGUUGGAGAACCUCGAGAGGUUCGAAGCAGCGUUGCAACUGGUGGAUAACGUCCUGGACAAUGGAGAGAAGAGCGCGCCUGCCGCAUUCCAAUACUGCGUGGCAGCGCGUCGUCGACUACGCAAGAACCUGGCCAGAGACCGCGAGGUGGCUGCCAGCGAGGUCCAGCAGAUGGGCAAAAUGGUGCACGACAAACAGCAGUUGCGAAUCAAUUUCGGCUGUCUGCUACCAUCGCAAGUUCCACUAGACCAGUUUUUCAAUGUGAAUGUGAAUAUUGGCAAUGAAUUCGGUCUCUUCCGACGCGACUACGUCAAAAAUGGAGAGAAAAUCUAUCUGCAAUGCUCUCUACGUCACAACACUGAGAAUAAAUACAAAUUGACGUUCCAAGAGCCCUUGGACCCGUCGGAUACUGGCGAUCUCGGUAGUGCCGAUGCAAUUGGCAAGUUGACACUCAACGGCCGCGGAAAGGCGAGCUUCCGCGUCGCUGUCGUCACUGUAGACGCAUCAUCACUGUCAAGCACUUCGAAGCCUCUCGCCCUUGAAAUCAGAUCACACGAGUCAUCAACCGAAACGUGGAACUUGUUCCCCGUGGUAUCGUUGCCGUUUACGGUACACCCUCGUGGUGGAGCGUUAAAAGAGGGAAAUCCUGGACAUCUCGGUGUCCACUGCUGUCGAGCUGUGUCCAUGCCUGGGCUACAGCAUGACAUUCUUCUUGCUGAGUCUCCUGGAAACCUUGGUAUCGGAGGCAAGUUGUGGGACUCGUGCCUCGUCUUAACGCGGUAUCUAGCAGCUCGACGAGAGAUUCUUUUCGGGAAACGAGUGGUGGAGCUUGGCAGUGGCCUCGGACUCGUGGGCAUCUUCUGUUCGUUGCUCGGUGCACGGGUUACCUUGACGGACCUGGAGGAGGUUACUCCGUUGCUAGACUACAACAUCCACUUGAACUACCCUCAAGAGGCAGCGGAUAGCGCUGCUAAAGGCGCUGUACUACCCGUUGCCCAAGCGCAUCUUUGGGGAGAUCCACCGCGCGAUCUGCCAUUGCAACCCGACGUGAUCGUGCUCUCGGAUGUCGUCUACGAUCCAGAAGGAUACGCCCCGCUUGUGACAUCGCUGGAAGCGCUCGCAACCUCCUCUGAGACGCGAAUUCUCAUGGCGCAUCGCUCUCGCAACCCGAUGGAACAUCAGCUCUUUGAACUCCUGUCGCAGAGCUUCUCGUGUCAGCACAUCGACUGGCUUUCCACCGAGAAAACCGCCCCGAAAGCGACUGCAUUUGGCGGUCCACCAAGUACAGAAGCAGCUCUUCAAGACGUUAAAAUUUUUGAAAUUCGACGGCUGGCAACGCAGUGACUGGGCUGCAGGUUACAUAUCUGCAUUGGACCAGGUAAAGGCAUUGAGGCUACGACGUCAGAGAUGUGGUGGGUGGGAGGCAGCAAGAGCCAACACGCAAGAUGUAUUCAAGUACUUUG